AUGAUCAACUUCGAGAACGACUCCGGAAUGGCCUUCUUGAGCCUGGACAUGAUGUACCGCGGCAAGAGACGCCAGGGCGAUCGGUUUCCGGGCUUCACGAACCGUCCGGCAGCGGGAAAGGCGGCAAUUCCCAAUCGGUUACAGAACCAGACACAGGUGGCUGAUGCCUCGGUGCCCGUGGAGCCUAUUCGGAAACAGCUCAUGGGUGAGGCUGUCUAUCAACGGCAGAUGGAGAUGUUGAACUUCCAGCAGGGCAAGCUGGACUUUGACGGAGUGGAUCCGGAGCUGGGGAUGCACUUGCUGUCGCUGCAUUGGAACCGGCAGCACCAUUCUUUCCUGAUAACCUAUCGUCCGGCCUUCAUGCGGGAUAUGGCCACUGAAGGACCCUACUUUUCCAAGUUACUUCUGAACGCGAUCUACUUUGGAGCAUCAAAAUUCAGUAAUCGUCCCGAGGUGCGCCAGGAUCCGACGGACGCCCGAACUGCUGGCUGGACCUUUCGGAGGAGAGUCAAGGAGCUGCUGGGCAGUGCUCUGGAUCGCAGUGAGAUCACGACGAUACAAGCGCUUCUCGUCAUGACCAGCUCGCUGUUUGCCUUGGGCGAUGAGCGGAGUGCUGCGUGGUUAUAUGCCGGUACCGCCUUUCGAAUGAUAAUCGAUUUGGGCAUGCAUGUCGAUGCUACGAUGCUUCCCAACAUGCGCCGGCUGUCUCCAGAGGACCUGGAGAUUCGUCGGCGUGUCUUCUGGGGCGCCUUCGUAGUUGAUAAGAUCCAGUCUCUGUACCAGGGUCGCCCCGUCAGCCUGCAGCACUGCGAUACGCGAGUCUCACUGUCUUUCCUGGACCAUUACGAGGAACUGGAGCCCUGGCAGCCGUUUGCGUAUUCAGACACGCAGUCAUAUUCCGGCUCGCCAGCGUACAGCGUGUCGACAUUCGUCCAGCUCUGCAAGCUGUCGCUGAUGCUUAAUGAGAUCCUCAACAAGGUGUAUUCGGAGAGAAGCUCGAACCGGUCCCCCCAUGAUCUCAUUGCCAGUCUCAACACACUCGAUGGGCAGUUGAAGGAUUGGCAUAAUGCGCUCCCUGACCAUUUGCGAUUCAACACCCACGCGACGAGGGUGGUGCCACCCCCCCACGUCCUCUCACUCCUGGCCCUAUAUAAUCUGCAGGUGAUUCUCCUCCAUCGACCAUUUGUCUCCGAAGGACAUCUCCACACGGCCGAUCCAUCGGUUGCAUUGAGCUCCUUCACCACCUGCACUGCAGCAGCGUUUAGUAUUACCCAGCUACUACAAGCCUACGAUAACACGUUUUCAAUCCAACGGGCACCAUAUCUCAUUUCCUACGCCACUUAUGUGGCGGCAACGAUCUUUGUCCGAGUGGCGGCCCAGCGAGAAGGUGCCAGUCGUGCUCACGCCAGUCUCCAGAAUUGUCUUGACGUCUUCGAAAAGAAUCAAGAAACGAACUGGGCUGUCCGACGGGCUCAUAAUGUAAUUCUGCAUUUGAUGAACCGUAUGGGCGUCCGUUUAGAGAACCAGCCCGUAACCCCCACCGAUGGUAUUGGUAGCCUUUUAGAGCAGCCUUCUGGGAGUUUGGCCAUCCCCCCAGAUUCAAAUCUACAGGGUCCGGCGCCUGUCACCAGCCACGAAAAUCCUCCAGAAAUAGAAGCAUCCGCGUUGGACAUUGAUAUGAUUAUUCAGAGCUUCAUUCGACCGCCGUCAAAGAAUGCCGAAGGCCAGGCGGCUGGCGAACAAGGCGAAAGCUCCUUCAUGAGUUCUGCUGUCGUUCACCCCGGCUGGCAGGGUACCCUAGCCCCGACUUUGCCAUUGGCUGAGGAUCUUCAUGAUCAUAUGCCUUUCGAUGAUAUGUUGUUUGGAUUCAACGGAUCCCCGCAAGAUGGAUUGUUUGGUAGUUGA